AUGACGCCCUCUGAACAGCAGCAGCAAAAACAGCAACAAAAGCAGCAACAGACUGAACAGAACCACUCGCCGGAACAACGACCCCCCAUGACGAAGAGUGUCGUCGCGACAGAGGAUCCGGGAGCGGCAGACGUCACAGCAGAAGACCAGAAACGGGCGGCUGCGUGCAACGGGUCCAAACCGCACGGUGUCUCAGACGACGUACCAUCGGCCGAUACGCAGAGGGAAUCAGAGCGCGACAUCAAAAGCGCAAGCCCGCUGGACGAGGUGCUGCACGUGGAGCCUCCCAGGAAAGCCGCAAAACAACACCCGGCCAUGUCACCGCCGCCCUACGUACAUCACUUCGACACGUGGUCGCUGGUGAACCAGCUGCAGGACGGCGGGUUCACAAAGGGCCAGGCUAUCGAGGCCAUGAAGGGCGUCAGGGGCCUGUUGGCCCAGAACCUCUCUGUUGCGCAGGACAGCCUUGUGAGCAAGAGUGAUGUUGAGAACGAAUCAUAUCUCUUCAGGGCUGCUUGCUCUGAGCUCGGCCAGGAGAUCAGGAACAACCGCCGACUGCAGGAUGAGCAGAUCCGUCAACAGAGGACGCAUCUGCAGCACGAAGUCGACAUCCUCACGCAGUCACUCAACCAGGAGGCCUCGACGCUUAACGACAACGUGCGGGGCAUGUUCAACGAUCGGAAGAUGGCCGUGCGCGAGGAGCAGAAGAAUGCGGAGAGCGCGGUCCAGCAGAUCAACUACAAGAUCAGCACCAGUCUCGGCAGCGACAGCAAGUCCGAAAUCGAGGGCGUGCGCUGGAUCCUCAUCCGACGAUCGGCCAUGGGCAUCUUUUUCAUGGCGAUGCUCACGCUCGCUACGGUGCGGUAUGCGACAUAUGUCUCCAAUGAGCGGAACAAGGAAGCCCAUCGACGCAAAGAAGAGCAGCAAUUGCUCAGGAGAGAGGCCGGGAAGCGAGAUCAUACAUCCGCGGCCGACGCUGCGGCCAUCCUGGCGGCGAAUUGA